GUCCGCUUAGGCUGGACACACGGACAAAAUCAGAUGGAUGGAUCGACACCCUUGUGUCACGAGUCAGCAGAUCUUUUUCUUGUGAGAACUUGAUACAAUGACUCGGCUGCAAAACUUGAGGGCCAAUGUCCUUUGUGAGCCGAAUCUGUUCUGCAUCGACUCCAGGGCUGAAACCUGGUCAAGGCAAAAAGAAGCGCCUUCACACUGGCGGAGUAUGGACACUUGGACACCAGGCGCGCGCUAGAGGCGGCGCUUUAGCGCUGGCAAAACGUCUAGACCUGCCAAGCGGAUGUACUUUUGUUGUUGGCAAGAUCAAAGAACAUGCAACGAAGGGCCUUUGUGGAUGUUGCUUUGGCCCAAACUCGCAAACCUGCCAACGUUUGCUCGUGUAGUUGCCAACGUUUGCUGCGCUGACCUGUUUGGGCAAGGUUCAAUGUGCGGAGACUCAGACUGAUAGGAACAAACCCAUCCCAGACGCUCCAUGUAUAGAAAUAUAUGCCUACAUUGGGGUGGUUUGGGGGGUCAAUGUAGGCAUAUAUGGCAUACAUGGAGUGUAUGGGCAUGCUAGAAUCCCACACUCUGCAGGUACCAACGAGGCAAGCAAACAAUGAACUUAAAUAAUUACACCACUGUUUCGUGUCUGACGGAUGGAAUCGCUGGGCCCUUGCUGGUUCAUUGGAUUGGCAGGUUCGGUCCGCCCUCCAGACUAGAAGAGUUGGAGCUUUUCCAGGUGUUAUGGAGUAGACAUGGAGGUGUCAUGGGUCGGUGACAUGGGUCUCAUUUGUCUCAUCUGUCUCAUGGGUUCAGCGUCGAGAGGUGAAGUGGAGACCUGAGAAGCCAGAGACCUGGGACAGCCAAUUCUGGAGAAAUAGGCCCAGAGGUUUUCAGAACCCGAGUUCCUUCGACGAUCGUUGGGUACCCCAUGGUACCGGUGACGAGUCCGGGUCUGGUCGGCUACCUUUGGGCUUCACCCACUGUCUUGAGACCGAACCUCUCACCACCUCGCUGUCUGUUCAACUCCACGUGGCGCGUGGCUUGCCACCACGCCGAUCGAUGACUGGUCGAGCGGGGCGAGCCAUACGUCCGUCCGUGUGGCUCGUCUUGCGCAUGACCGGCGCGGGGCUCGGGGACUUCGGAUCGGAGUUGAGUCGGUCCACGAAGCCCAAACGACCGGAACGACCGGCGUUUGGUUCCGCGAGGUGCCGACCGGCCCCGUUGUGAAGGGUAUCAAACAGGAGACCUGAUCAUGUUGUUACUAAAUCGACUUACCGCAGUCUUUCUGAGUUUGGUCGGAGUAUCCUUUCACCUCCAAGAAACGAAAGACAGGUAAGAGAGUCAAGAUAUUAUGUAGCACAAGCCUCGUUUCAGUGUAGGUUCUCGAAAGAGCAUGCCAGAACUGCACUGUAUGGACAAUAUUAAGGAAUUUGCGUACAAGUGCGAGACCUAUUUCUCACAAUUUCUACUUGCCGAGCAUUAUCGGAUGCUGCUUGGCCGAUAUGAUUCAUUUGUACAACUUGUUGUUGACAGUCAUUGACAUCUGUUCUACUGCACCGACCCAGUCGAGCUGUUUGGGAGCUGUUUGGGACAUUUUAGGCAAUUGAAACCAGAAAUUGCAGAACGGCAGCUGCUAGCACCCUGACUUUCACAAUUUAUGACUUACAUCAUUUGAGCAUCAGCACAAGUCACAUAACUUUAUACCGUAAGUGAAAGGCACUUUCAAAAGAGAUGAUGGUGAAGGAUGUUUGGCCCCACAACUCACAGCCUUGACCUUUUGACUCGCAAUUAUGGACCGCAGGACGCCCGAGGGUUCAGGAUAUUUGCCAAAGCAGUAAACUGGCACAAGAGUUCAUGGCUGAGUUGCGGAUGUUGCAACAGUUUGCUUUGAUUGAUUCCCAGAUGUUCUUUUGACUUGAAGCUCAUACUGCUGUGGCAGCAAAGAAAGACACUUUCAUUUCUGGAGUUUCGUCACCUCAACAGGCCACAGACAGGAAAACUGGGAUGAUUAUGAUUGCAUGCAUCAUAGUUUGGCCUCCAAUUCCUCAGCAUGAGCUUGGACACCAGAUUGACCAGGUUCAGGUUCUCGAGGCACCUGGAGACUCUGGAAGGUUUCAGGCGCUGAUCAUGCUGUUACUGUUACUAAGUCUCAAUGCAGUUCUUCUGAGUUGGAAAGCUUUAAGACCGGCAAGAGAGUCAACACGCUACAAAAGUAGCAGUAGCACAAGCCUUGGCAUGCCCUUGGCCUUGGCUUCUCACAUGCUAAAUAUUUGUGCGUACAAAUGCGAGACCUAAAUAUUAAGUCUCACAACUACAAAAGCUUAGCGGACGCUACUGGGCCAAAGCUUAUCCAUUUUGCGCACAUGAACUCGUUUGGCCUUCAUUGACGACUAUGGUCCUGACGAGUUGUCUGGGACAUAUUGUCGACAUGUGAAACCAGAGCUUGAAGAACACUAGCACGACGUUAACAAGACGUUUCGGCAGGUGUUCACAAUCUUUAAAGCAUGCGAUGUUGUAUUUGUGUUCCAAGCGAAGAGCUUUAAUGUAGUGCCCAGCCAUGUAAGCACGAUUCCAACGAUUCCUUGUCUCAGGAAUACUAACUGCCGACACUGUUUGGCGAAAGCGAGUUCAUUUGCAUGUUUGGUAUGAACAUGUUCUACGCUGUUUGACAGAUUCUAAUGAGAUGAAGGCCUUGGGUAGCAGGGCUGCGUGAUGAAAAGCUUGAUUCAUGAGUUUGUUGUUUGGAGCAUUAGCUCGAUCUAUGACCAUUCAGGAUCUAGUAGAAGCAAAAUCGGAGGCACUAUUUUUGCCAGAGAUGCUGAGGAUGUGUUUUCUUCAGUCUUGGAAGCAUUCCUGAUUGCUCAAGCUUGGUGUGUUUGGAUCAACCGUAUUUGGAAGCUUCCAUCAGCCACCCUCCCCGCUACGACCGCAUACGACCGCUCCUGGAGCUGUUUCAUGCUACGACCGCUACGACCGGCUCCAGCUGUGAUCUUGGCUUCUCCGAUUGUUGGCUUCACUGCUUCACUCCAGCUGUUUCGUGGGCUUCUCACAGGAAGACCCGAAGGUACCCUGUUCGUUUAGGAGGUCCAGGUCCAGCUGGUUCAGCCGAGUUUCGGGGGCGGUAUCCAUUGCUGAGUGGGAUUGAGUAUCCAUUCCUGAGAAGAGGAAGCGCAGCGAAAGGAAAGAAGGUGGGAGGCUUAGGAUCUCGUGGCAGGUGUCUCGAGACUGGUCCAACAACUAAAUCAACGUCACAUGGCUUUGAAGAUGCCAAGCCGCGAGAUACCAAGCCGCGAGUCAAGACCUGAAGUUCUUCCCCCAAACCUGAAGCGCGACUCAUCCAAGUUUCAUGGCUAAAGGGCCGCGAGUCCGCCGUACCGCGAGUCCGCCCUGCGCUCAAGCGAUCAUAGGAGUAGUCCGCAGAUAGGGCACUUCGAAGCGAUUGCAAGGUGUCACACCACAAAGACCAGCAUCAUUUCCCAUCAGCGCCUCCUGGCUGGCAAACAGACCAGUGGCCUUCUGAUUUGCUCCAAAAGUGGCAGUUUUCAGCGGUGCUUUCCUUUGGUUCAUGUGCGGCCUCAUGUUUGGCGUCGUUCGCUGAGACCCUUGAUGUCAGGUCGGUCAAGUUCUUAAGAGGGAUGCCAAGCAAAGCCGACGUGAAACAAUAAAAUCACAUCCGACAAAAACAGAGAACGACAAGAACUUGAUUUGGAUCACUUCAGAGAAGCAAACCUGGCCAGGAGUAAGCUGUAACAUGCGACGCUGUCCUGGGUGAAAGCUUUGAUAUGAGGUGGUUCAAAUUCUUAACGACCUGGAGCGCUGGAGAAGCCAAAGUGGGCAAGAGCAAGUGCUUGAAAGACACCGCUUGAGAGGUUUGGAGGUGCUCAAUCGAGGCGCUUUCAAGUGAGACCUGUCCAGAAGCGGACCAAAUGCCUGUGUCGACUCUUGGGGCCCUUCUCGGCUGACGUCAUUGAGGGCGUUAACCCAUUUUGCAGUCUUUGCUUUUGUUGUGCCUUGCUUUCGACAGAUCUAGGUGAUCUUGGACGGCUCCGCAAAAGAACGUCUACUGCAUUCAAUUGGUUGACGCAAGCACAGCGAAAUGUCGAAGAUGAACUGUUAGACUAAGUCUUGCUGGAAUUCAGCCUGGGGUUCGAUGUAGCCGGCGUCCAAGACUGCUCACAUUCGGGUCUACGUAACUAAGUUCAGGAGUGAGAUACCAACAGAGGUUGAAGCACUCUAUAGACUAUCUCAUAGGUACCCCAGGUUUUCCGGGUCCUAUUUUACGGUCACGUAACCUCUGGUAAUGAAUCCAUAACUUUGGGUUGCGCUCCGUGGGCGUUCCAUGUCAUGUCCUGCAUGUCAGUGGCUUCUCAUCGGCCGCCAGUCAGUGGCUUCUCAGCCGGGCUUCAUGUCGUGUAGCACAAAAAACAUGAGGUGCUCGAACUCGGGAGUUCCCAGUUCAAAGUGCCCGUCGACGUCUUAAGACUCAAGAAGAUGAGAAAGGCAUUGAAGUGAAGAGCAGAUCAUUCUUGAAACUUCAUUGCACUCCAAAAGGAUUGCGUUCAUUCAGAGCCUGGAACCUGCUUCAGAAUCUGUCGGAACCACACCGCGGAACUCGCGUCGUAAGCCGAAUCGCCACUCCCAAUCACCUGACUUCGGAAACCAGCAGAGCUCAAAUUGAGCCGUAGGUCUUUUCGCUUCCAACGUCGAUGCCGACGCUCCCCCUUCGCGCUUGAACCGCGAAGAGCACGGCGGAGCCCCUGCGCAGCCACGAGUUCAUGAGAGGUGGACCUCGAAGACUCCGCUCGUCGUCCCCAAGGCCCGCGGUGGAGGAGCCGAUCUGGUGACGCGAUUUCCCGCGGAAAUGGCCGACAGCUCCUUGGAGCCUUGCUGGAGAGUUGGCUGCCCCAAGGAGCAGUUCACCCUCCUGAAAGUUGGUGCAAGCUGUUGGUACUAUAGGUCUAUGUUUGAAAGAAUUAGGAUAUAUUAUUAGGACUCUAGAAUGCACGGCAGAUCAUCGUAAAGUCGUGUUCAGACCUCUUAAUGGAUAGCAAAACGAGCCCCAGCGGAAUAGACGGACCGCAGGUUUGUGCUCUCUCGUCUCAGUCGAUCGCCUUCAGGUGAAGACGGACUGAGUUCUUCGACAUGUGUUUUUCGGCGGGUGGACCGAGUUGUACCCUAGAAAAAAUGGGACGUGACCCCAAGCAUGUACAGUACUACUGGUAACCAUGUAACCGCACCAAUGGGACGUGACCUCAAGCCGUACCUAUUUUCAGAGGCUACGAACCAGUCGGCUCCAUGGCAGACUCUAUUACGUCAGUGGACGGUCAGCGGCGGUCUCAUCGCCGCGGUCGGCGGUGUCCAACUCCAUCGGAGCGGCGCGGAUGGCGCCGGGCAGGUCGACUGCAUGGUCGAACGUGUCAGAGAGCGAUGAGCGAGCGAUGCCCCUGAGAAAUGGUUCACAUCAGGAGUUACAGCGUGGUGAACCGUGAAAGCCGCAUGUGGAUGACCUGCGACACUGCCUUGACACAGGGAUGGACUUCCUUCAGUGGAGCUCAGACCAUUUGAAUCUGUACGACGUUCUAAUGAAUCCAACGAAGAGCGUGGAUUGGUCAAAAAGCAGGUCAAGUUCCAGGUCCUUCAUGGUCGAAUCUGUCCUUCAUUGCCAGCCGUCACGUUCGACGGGGUGCCGAACGAACGGAGGAAGGAGUUGGGUGCCCAGAACAUCCAUCCACUCACUGGAUGGGACGAACAAAACCACCCAACUCUGUGACUCCUGGUGGAUGUCUCUGGUUUUUCCUUGAUACGAAGCAAAAGAUGCGAAACACAGGUCCCCUCGGGGAUCCCAUGAUUUCAGCAGGCUUCGGUUCGGCGCUCCCCGGGCGACCCGUGAACCGACUCGGGGAAGGGCGA